UUCUCAUUGGCGUUGCGUUAAUUUCAAGCAUUAUUUGGGUGUUCGGUGCAGAUCCCAUUUCCCAGGAACACUUUAUUUGUUCGGUCAGUUACAUAACUGACAAUACAUACUGUAUUACAGCACAGUGAAUAUAUUGGUGUCUCUAAAGUACAUCGGCGCAAACCGAAACGACCUUCGAACAAAAAGUGACCUUGAGGAAGUAAUCAGCUGACUGUAUCAUUUUCGUAAGUAAUCAUGUCAAUGCGGAGGAGUUAUGCAUAUACAAAAAUAGAAAGAAGCCAUUGAUGGCUUUGUAUACAGAUGUAUUGAGUGCCAAAGGAAGAAAUCGGUUCGAGAAGGUUUGUCGUUGUUUUGUUAGUUAACAGAUCCCUUAGGAACUUUUCUCUCAAGGUCUAAACUACCUUUGACGAAAAUUUUAAUGAUCUGUAACUUCUGGGUCCUGAAAAGAGCAGUCACAGCUACAGCUUAUGAAACAGAAAAUUCAGAGGUGUCAGAAGUGCAAUGGUACAACUACUGCAGAGAUGUUUCCUCCUGGAAAAUGAACACCCUGACUCAAGUUUUCGGAGGAGUCGGCAGCAUAGUCCAUAUCGAUGAGACUGUACUUAUAAAAAGGAAAUACAACCGUGGGAGAUUACAAGCAAACCAGUGGUGGAUACUGGGUAUCUACGACACGACACUGCGCAAAGGGUAUAUAGAAGCGAUUCCCAGUCGCAGUGCAGCAGUAUUAGUGCCUAUUAUUAAGCGUUUGGUGUUGCCGGGGACGACUAUUCAUACAAAUGAAUGGAGCGGAUACCGUCAAUUAUCGAAUCAUGGGUACAUUCAUCAUGUUGUUAAUCAUACGGACGGUUUCCGGAAUCCUUUAGAUGGAACCCACACCAGUUCCAUUGAAAGUUUUAGGAGUCGUCUAAAAAGACGUAUAAGAGCGGUUAAUGGAUCGAGAAAUACCAUGAUUUACAGUUACCUGGAUGAAUUUAUAUACCGAAACUGGUUUCAUACGACUAUGAAGACUCCCAUGAGAAACUGGGAGGUUUUUUGAGAUAUAUACGCGAGCGCCAUCCUUUGUAACUGUUUAUUAUGAUUGCAUUACUUUUAUAUAAACCGUUUUUUACAAUUAUGCGCCUUCCUUUUGAGUCUUCUCAUUGGCCGAAGUUGUCCCUGUCAAGGUCAUUUUUGCGUUAAAAGGUCGUUUCGGUUUGGGCCGCUAUUCUUUAGUGUCACCAUAUAUAUUUACUGAAUUCAGUGAAUUCUUUUGGCACCAAAGUCUAAGGAGAUGGCAAGAGUGUCGAAACUCAUCCAACGUUUUGUAGAGCGAAUCUUAUAUCAGUAUUAAAUAUUCAACAGUUAGGUUAAUCGUGAUGAGAACAAUAUAUUUGAUGCAGCAUAUAAGUAUCUAUGUAUAAUCUGUUGUUUUUCGAAAAUCGGAAGGCCGGUAUCAAAGAUCACAGUGAGUAGUGUAAUACAUGUCUCCAUUCUCUUUCAUAUCUA